AUCUCCUUGUCUCCUUGCCGAGCGACCCAGGCCCCUCGCUCCGCGGAUCUUCUUCCUCCUCGCGCGAGCGCCGCCACUCAUCACGCUGUCGAGCGCCCGAGCCCCCUAGCUCGUCUUCCUCCUCGCUCGAGCGCCUCCACCGCAGGUUAAUCUCCCCUUCGAUUCUCUCGCUCCCGACUGUUUCUCCUCCCAUCACCCCACGAACGGAUUCUGCCCUUUAGAUCCCCGUUUCAUAAUCUUCCCCAAUUCGUAACUGAGGCAAAAAUCAAGGUAGGGCGGCCGCCCUACCUUGCCCUACUGGGUCCUCCGCCAGUUCACUCCCCGGGCUGCCGGGGGCCCGUCUCUCGCUCCGCCCCACUAGAAAUGUAGGUGAGGACAGAGUUCUGCAAAUGUCGUCUACUGUGCCAAAGUCAUCAAAUAUCUUCUGGCAUGAUUGCCCAGUGGGUAAGACUGAUCGGCAAAAGCUACUGAAGCAGAAAGGUUGCGUUGUUUGGAUUACAGGCCUUAGCGGCUCAGGUAAAAGCACCUUGGCGUGCACAUUAGGUCGAGAGCUCCAUACAAGAGGGAAGCUUGCGUAUGUUCUUGAUGGUGACAACUUAAGACAUGGUCUUAACAAGGAUCUUGGAUUUGCAGCUGAAGAUCGUGCUGAAAAUAUACGCAGAGUUGGUGAAGUAGCAAAGCUAUUUGCAGAUGCAGGUCUACUGUGCAUAGCUAGUUUCAUAUCUCCGUAUAGGAGAGACCGAGAGUCUUGUCGCGCACUAUUAUCUGACGGUAGUUUUAUCGAAGUUUUCCUGAACAUGUCCUUGGAAUUGUGCGAAGCAAGGGACCCAAAGGGCCUCUAUAAGCUCGCCCGUGCAGGAAAAAUAAAAGGUUUUACUGGUAUUGAUGACCCUUAUGAAGCACCAUUAAAUUGCGAGAUUGAGAUCAAGGAAUUGGAUGGCGUAUGCCCUUCACCUUCUGACAUGACGAAACAAGUGGUUGCUUACCUUGAGGACAAAGGCUUUCUGCAUGAGUAGACUGAGACGGAAUCUGUCGGGAUGGAAAACCAUCGUUGUUGGAUACUACUAGCACUAGAUUAGCGCAGAAUAAGUCAAGCGCUGGCAGGCUUUUUUCUGUAUUUAUUUAGAUUGAAAUGAUUGCGUGCGUUGAUCUGGUUACCCAUACUUUCGUCAUUUUCUUCUCUUUGUUGCACUAGGGAAAUGUGCCGUGCAAUGCUAUUCAGAACAGAGCAGUAUGUUCCCUAAUUUAUUAGCCUUAUAACUUGUCAUGCUAUCUUGAUGAGAUAACAAAGCUUUAAUUCUUGCAGCAUAGUAUAUCAA